UACGUAGUGCAAUCGGCACUAGCGAAUCCGGCCCUCGCAACUCAUUUUUAUUUUACGCCCGCAGCCAACUCUCGCUAUCAGUUGGCUCCGUCUCUCUUGGCUUCCCAUGGCUGGCUUCCUAUAUUACACAAAGUCAAAAAUCGCUGUCUGACCUAAUCCCAGCCCUUACACAGAUGCCCCUUUUAUGAGGAAAUCAAGCACCCUUGAAUGUACAUGGCUUCUGGCUUCUUUUGUGUGACUCUCAGUGUAUGCGGCCUGUCCAUGUGGUACGGUAUCUGGUCAGCGCAUCUCGUGGCUUUUGUGGCUAGUGACUGAAUUUCCCAAAGAAAUUCAUCUAAGAUGCCGACCUAAAAGUAAAGCUCUCAUAAAUCAUGCGACAGCUACAGCGGCCCUUAACGCAACCCAUAGCUGCAGCAUGGCGUUCCAACUUCCUCUCUCUACCUGUUCGCGGUAGCAUCUGCUGCCCAUUCUCAUCUACGCCUCGACAUUUGGCUUCCGAGGACGCAGCACGACCCAGCCCGGAACCUGAACCACACCCGGAGUCGCAGCAGCAGAGGCCGUCACUCUUCGCAGAGCUCUUUCCCGACGAGGCGAAGCAGCGUGCCCGUCUACAGUCCAGACCGCCAGCAUCAGACCUACCUACCAAUGCAACCGAAAACCAGCCGCCACGCACCUUGUCCCCUCUACCCCAUUCCGCCCACCCCCUGAUCUCCUACUAUGAGGACUCCUCCCACCACCCCGCCGCCGCCAGCGCCCAGCGCUGCACCGUCGUCCUCAGCGCGACCUCGAAACACCUCGUCGAAUCCGACUUCUACCGCGUGGGCUCCGGCCGCGCCGCCCACGUCGAGGGCUGGGUGGGCGGCAUCACCAAGGUGACGCAGGCGCGGGACCUGCACACGCUCGAGCCUCUCGGCCGCUACUACGUCGGCUUCGAGACGGCGGCGGCGGCGGCGGCGUGGCGCGAGGAGGUCAAGAGGCUGCAUGAGCUCAGCAAGCUGUACACGCCCGGCGUCGUGCGCCGGAGGGAGCCCAAGGGCACCGCCGACUUCCAAGUCGGCAGGCCGCUCAACGUCAAGGGGGCGGAGACGACGGCGGAUACGGCCAAGGACUGGGAUGGCGGGGGGGUCGAGGAGCUGGAGGCCGUGAGGCGCGAGGUCGAGGGGUUCACGCUCGUCCCCCCGGGCGUGCGCUGGGAUCUCGAGGUGGCCAAGUACACGGCCGAGGAGCGGGCAAUGGAGCAUGCGGGGAGUCUGGUUGACAAGCUGUGCCGCAAGGCUGGGACCAAGUACCUGGUCAUGAUCGUCGUAGGCGGUGGCAGACUCAGCCAUGGGGCUCUACGGAAAGCAAUCCGGUCCGACGGGGCGGAGAGAGGCCUGCCUUGGCGGGUGAAGAAUCUCGAGGCCAAGCCCGGCGACGGCAGAUGGGGGAUCAUGCCGUUCGGCAAGAGCGUAUUGAAGGCGCAGGAGCGGGCCCAUGAUACUGCGGCUGGCAAUGAAACGGACACGCAUGCGGGCGAGGCAUGGAGUGAAGCCAGGAGGUAUGCCCGGUUCCUUGUACCGUUCCUGGACGAGCCCGAGGCGCGACGCUUUGUGAGAAACUGGCACCGCCGCCAGCUGACCCUGAAGAUGGGCCAUAGGGACGCAGACGUACAAGGCGUCAAGGAAUGGGAAGAGACGAGGCUUCUCAAUGUGACAUUACUGUGGUAACACUUUCUGUAUACAACAACUAAUUGUACAUGAUAACAAGCA